AUAUGUGUCCUUCAAUGAUUCAGGAACUAUGGCGUUCAAGCUAAUUCUUUUAGCAGCUGCGCUGCAACUAGCAGCAUGUAAACCAACCCUAACGCUCGAAGAUAUGGAGGUAGCCGAUGAUACGGUGGCAGUGGGGUCUUACGUGCGAGAAGUGCGGGCGGCGGCGCCUCAAGACUACCACAAAUCGUACCAGAACGAGGGAGACGGCGAGAUCGGGUACUCGCGCAAGAAGCAGGGAGGCGGCAAGAAGGGAUACCAGCACUUUGACAGCUACCACAAGAAGGACGGUGACAAUUACGAAUUCGAAAAGCAAGACUCCUUCGGACACGACGACGGCGGCAACCAGGGAGCAUACAGCCACAACCACGAAAGAAGAGCAAAAGCCCAGAAGGAGAAGUACAGAGAGCCGGAAUACGAAGGAGAAGAAAGAAGCAGCGGAGAACAGAAGGAUGAACAUACUCAUGAGGAGUUAAAAUCGCUUCUAGAGAGUGUUGAGGCUUUGGAAGAUGAAAUUCCCUUCCCAAUAAGAAAACGAAGAGAUCUUGCCUCGCAAAGAAAACAGAAAAUACCUAUUUUAGCGAUGAAAGUAUUCUAAUAUGUUAGAGAGAGGGCGCCAGCGAUGGCAACGGCGGCGUUGAAGCUCACGGCCACGACCCAAAAGAUUAUAUUCUUCCCGAAAAAUAUGUUUAUGGCGAAGGAGAUGAAU